GUUUCAGCUCUGAGGCCAGUUAGCUCCUUUAUAAUUGAGCUCUUCACUCCUUCCACAUCCAAGGCUAAGGGACCCGGGGUCCCCAGAGUGUUCAGGACUCAGAUAGCUGCUAUGACAACCUCUCCUGGGGCCCUCACGGUGUGGCCUGGAAAAAGGAAGUAGCCACUGUCUCCCUGGACCAGAAUUGCUGAUCUCUGGCCAAGCUUCCUGCCUAUACAAUAGCAGCUGGGAGGGACCAAAAAAUUCUAGUGGGACCACACCCACUGGGAAGGUAUAAAUAGUGAGGUUUCCCGUUGGCCAUCAGAGCCACUCUGCCUGAACCAUGAGGUCCAGCGUCCUCUUCCCCAUCGUGGUGCUUGUUGUUCUGGGGUCCAUGGCAACUUGGGCCGUGGAAGGUGUGGACAAUGGGGAGAAGCCUGGGAACUGCCCAUUGGUGGAAUUCCAGUGUCUGAUGCUGAAUCCGCCUAACCUGUGCGAGACGGACAGCCAGUGCAAGGACAACCUCAAGUGCUGCCAAGGCAGCUGUGGGAAAGCCUGCUUUCUCCCCGUGUAAGCUUGAUCCAGCCACGUGGAAGACCCUCCGGCUUCCCUCUCCGUAUGCGCGGGCAACCUCCAUUAUGACUUGGAUUCUGGGGCCUUCUGUGGUGAGGACUUGGUUCCGUCACCACACAUCCUUGCAAAGCUAAUACUAAUCAACCUGUGAAUAAAUCAGUGAGCACA